UUUGUCCCUGGGCAGACAGUCCUGAAAACUGCUUCCAUCGGGUCCUCUAGGACAGAGGAAACGACACCGGAGACAGCCUGGCCCUGCGAGAAAAAGGAACCGCGUUCACAGACACGAGGCUCAACGAUUCUGGGGCAGUUCUAGAACUGAACUGGAAGAAUCAUAAAGGGCCUGAAAGCGACCAAUUCCACAGCACGUUUCCCCUGAACUCCCGGGUGCUCCCUCGACCUUUCCCUCAUGGGAAACAUAACCAAGAGAGGCGGCAGGGAGCUGGCGGCUGCCCGGGCCCAGGCCCCGGAAGGGGGCCCGUCGGCAGCUCUUCCCACGCGGCUCUACGAGGCCAUCAUGAGAGAGGACCGUGCCGCGCUCCAGGCUCUCCUGAGAAGCCACCCCGUCAACCAGCCCAUGACCCUUCCGGCCGACUCCGCCAGCUACAGAUUGCUUCCGAACCAGACGCAGUCCGUCAUCCCCGUCCACCUGGCCGCCGAACACCGCAAGGCACAGAGUUUGCUCUGUCUGUUAGAACACGGCGCAGACCCAGAAGUAAGGGACACACGAGGCCUGACCACACUGCACCUGCUGCUGCUGCACUGGCCCAUCACGUCCGCCACGUGGACAAAGCCGGGGAACAGAAUCCAAAGGAUCCUGACCGACAUCCAGAAUAACGCUGUCCUGUGCCUCCGCAUCCUGUGCGCACACGGGGCUCAGGUGAACGCACGCGUGGACAACAGCAACAGGCACUCCCCGCUCCACCUGGCCAUCACGUGCGGGACCCACCCGGCUCUCUCCAUCCUGGCCCAAAACGGCGCCCAGGUCAACGCUACCAACGGGUCCAGCAUGACACCCCUGCACAUGGCUGCGGACACCCUGAACAAGGAGACGAUGGAGACGCUGAUCGCCUGCGGGGCCAACGUCAACUGCGCCGUCUCCUCCACGGGGAACACGGCCCUGAAGCUGGCGGUGCGCACCGCGUCCAGCAAGGCCGGCCGGCUGCUGGCCGCGGGCGUGAGCUGCAUCCGGCUGCUGCUCGUGCACGGAGCCAAGGUGAACGCCCAGGACCACGAGGGCCGAACCGCGAUCCACGAGGCAUGUUUUGGAGGCAGAGAGGCAAUAAUCAAUCUCUUGCUGGAAUUCGAAGCCAGUGUUAACAUACUGACAAGAAAUGGGGAGUCUCCGAUAUACAAGUACCUUCAGCGCAGCUCCAACAUCAGAGACACGGCACUUCUCGCCACGUUACUGUACCGCUCCUACCCUCUGCGACUGACCAACCGCCAAAGAAUUCUACCUGCAGGCAUCAUGCUCCCAGAAUUCCAGCUCCUAAGGGAAACCCUAAUAAAGUUAUCCCAAAAACCCUUAUCCCUAGAGGACAUCUGCAAGAGAAACAUCAGAAACCUCUACGGGGAGAAAAACAAACAGCGCUUGAAGCAGCUUCUCCCGCUGAAGAUCUGGAAUUCUGUAUAUGGUUAUCAUGACUUGGCGCACCUCUUGAAAUAAGAUCACAGACGUUCACGCGGCCACGGAAUUUCAGUAACUCAAGUCGCACCUUCUGGCUAGACGUGGACCCAUAAAAUACCGAACCCAUCGCACCUAAUACGUCCCAAAUGUACAAACUACUGGUUCUUAAACCUAUUUCAAAAAAAUAAAAUUAUUUGCACGUUUCUUCCUAAA